AUGUGUCCUGGAUCUCUGAGUCACUAGGAAAAAGCAGCCAGUUUUGGUUUGUUUGUAUUUUGGUUUCAGUAAAAACACACUUCCCACUCGAACUUUUGAAACUUCCACGUGGCACACAGGGGGAUCAGUUCCAGUUGAUAUAAGCCUGGAUGAAGAGAGGGAGGAAAUAACUUAAUUGCUUUAGACUUUAGUUCAUCUGGUGUGGAAAGAAUCAGUGUCCCUUUGGAAUUCAGCAAGAAGGUCGUGUUGUUGGUGAGGACAGAUCUUCUGCAGGUUUUGUGGAGUCUUUAUAUUCAGGCCAUAGCUGCUUCCUCUUUCCUACUCACAUUUUCCCAUAUGGUGACUUUGGAAAAUUCCUCUCUGAUUUCGUUGGGAAGUGCAGGAAGCUCUCACUGGUAGAGGGUUGCCUGUUACUCUCUCCAAUUCUGCUGCUCACAUCUGGAAAGGAUCUGGCUUGGAAAGGGGAGACUCGCUCUCAGCUCAGUGCAUGUUACUGACAUGGCAUGAGCUGAGAGAGCCUGUGGGAGCAAGAGAAAUGUUCUUCUCCAUUCAUCUGAUUUCUGACAGCAAAGGGGCGAUGCCCGCAGGCGGCCGGGCGCUGCUGGCGCUGCUGGGGCUCCCGGCGCUGCUGGCCCUGGGCUGCGCCGCCGACAGCGACUUCGCCGAGGGCGGCCCGCAGCGGCGGCCCGGGUCCGGCCCCGCCUGUCCCCGCGACUGCGGCUGCACCCAGGAGGGCGUCGUGGACUGCGGUGGCAUCGACCUCAAGGAGUUCCCGCUGCUGCUGCCCGAGCUGACCAACCACCUCUCCCUGCAGAAUAACCAAAUAGAAGAAAUCUUUCCAGAAGAGCUUGCUCGUCUUUAUAGACUGGAAACUCUCAAUUUGCAAAACAACAGGCUGACUUCAAAAGGGUUGCCAGAGGAAGCAUUUGAGCAUCUGGAGAACCUGAAUUACCUGUACCUGGCAAACAAUAAGCUAACAGUGGCUCCGAAAUUCCUACCAAAUACCUUGAUCAGUGCAGAUUUUGCAGCCAAUUAUCUCACUAAGAUAUAUGGGCUCACAUUUGGACAGAAACCAAACUUGAGAUCUGUGUAUCUUCAUAACAACAAACUUUCAGAUGCUGGGUUACCUGAUAACAUGUUCAAUGGCUCUAAUAAUGUGGAGAUACUCAUCAUGUCCAGCAAUUUCUUGAAGUAUGUUCCAAAGAAUCUCCCUCCAGCACUCUAUAAAUUACACUUACAGAGCAACAAGCUGGAGAAGAUUCCCAAAGGAGCCUUCAGUGAACUUGCCGGUCUGCGGGAGCUGUAUUUGCAGAAUAACUACUUGUCUAAUGAGGGAAUGGACAACGAAACUUUCUGGAAAUUGUCUAGUCUUGAAUAUCUGGAUUUGUCCAGCAAUAACCUCUCACAAAUCCCAAGUGGUUUACCUCGAAACAUCGUCCUCCUCCACCUGGAGAAGAAUGCAAUUAAGGUGAUUGACAGAGAUGUCUUGACCCAAAUUAAGAACCUAGAGUACCUUCUGCUCCACAAUAACAAAUUAAAAGCCCGAGGUAUUCACCCCUUAGCCUUCCAUGGUCUGAAGAAGCUGCACACUGUCCACCUGUACAACAACAUGCUGGAAAGGAUCCCCAGUGGGCUGCCCCGGCGAGUGAAGACACUUAUGAUCCUUCAUAACCAGAUCUCAGAGAUUAACAGGAAUGACUUUGCUACCACUUACUUCCUUGAAGAGCUGAACCUGAGCUACAACAAACUCACAAGUCCCCAGAUCCAUCGGGAGGCCUUUCGUAAACUGCGGCAACUAAAGUCCCUGGAUCUUUCUGGAAACAAUCUCCACACCGUGCCUUUUGGCUUUCCAAAGAACUUGCAAGUUCUGAAGCUGAAGGAGAAUGAGAUAAGCAUCAUCCCAAAAGGGACUUUGUCUGGGAUGACAAAACUGAGGGAACUGUAUUUGAGCAACAAUAAACUGAAAGUAAAUUCAAUUUAUUCAAGAGCAUGGAGAGAACUCAGCAGUCUUCAGUCACUAGACAUGGCUGGCAACCAACUGACAUCUAUCCCAUUAGGCCUGCCAGAAUCUCUGGAGUAUCUGUAUCUCCAGAACAACAAGAUCACAACGGUUUCAGAGAAUACUUUUGAAUCCACACCCAAUAUAAAGGGGAUUUACCUCAGGUUUAAUAAGAUUGCAGUUGGAGCACUGAAAGAAAGUAUCUUCCAAAACCUGAAGCACUUACAAGUACUGGAUAUUGAGGGGAACCUUGAAUUCAGCAACAGUUCAAAGAAUAAGGAUGACUCAGAAGAGAAAAUGGAAGAUGAGGAAGAGGAAGAGGAAGAGGAAGAAGAAUGGAGAUAAAAUGUGAACUCAUACAAUCCCAUCAUGUGGGAGGAAAACAUAAGGAAAAAUACAUAUAUGUCUAUGUGUAUAUAUCUAUAUAGAUAUACAGAGAACACUUAGCAAAACGUGCAAUGAAUUACGCAGAAACUGUCAUGGCACUGGGCCAGGCUCAUGGAAGACAGUGUGUUUCAGUGCCUUAUUCAGGGAGAGACCCUGAAUGCCUUUCCAAAGCUUCCAAAUCAUCUUAUACAAGACCCAGGAUCAUAAGGGAUUGCUCUGGAACUCACAAAAGCUGGCUUUUGUUUCUUCUGUUUCUCUUCCCUCACUGUUUCCAUCUGUAAUAACAAUAUGGGACUGUUUUGAACACAGGCCUUCAAAUGCCAUUUUUGUCACUGCAUUUUAAGUGAACCAUGUUUAUGCCUCUUUUCUUUUCCUCCACCCAAAAGAAGCUGUUGUUGGCCAGGGUAGAUGGAUAUUUGCAGUAGUUUCAUGUGCAGAGCAGUGUAUGAGGCAUUUUGGUCAUCAAGCAGCAGUAAUAAUUCUGGAUGCAAUUAUUUCUCUGUUAUAACAAUGUGUAUAUUUGGAUGAGAAAAACAAAAUAAGGCUGGAUCCCGUAAUAUUUUAUCUCUACUGCCAAAACCUGCAGUAUAUUCCUGUUUUAGUAAAGUUUUAAGAUAAAACAAUUGCUCUUGUGAAUAUAUAUAUAUAUAUAUAUAUAUAUAUAAAAUUUGUAUGUCUGCCUUCCAGAGCUUUAGUAAAGUUUAUGUCUUGCUGUUGUUUGCCCUUGGGGCAGUUGGGUGAAUGUCUCCGAAGGUGUGAUCAGAGGAUGGAGUGACAGGAUGAAGUUUGAUGUAUAUGGUAGAAUUUUCCACAGUGUAUCUCAUUCACAGUGAGAGGCAGGAGUGAGACUAAUGAUGCAGAAGAGAUUAGUGAUUGUGGGCUGUCUUAGGAGAAAACCAUUAAGUGUCAAAAGAAAUUUGUUUAGUUCAAGUCUGGAGACAGUGCUUGCUGUCAUACUCCCUUAAAGCCUCCCCUAUUUUAUGAUGUUGAGUGAUCUCAGCUCCUGUUGGAAUCAUAGAAAAUAAAGAAACCAUGGAAAAGAAGACCUACAGAGGUACAUGUUUCUCAGUUGGCAAUAAUUCCUUCAUCUAAGGUAGAUAAUUUAUUUGACAAAAUGGUCCUUUCUUUUGAGGAUUUCUGAUUGAACACAUGUUGUUUUGCAUACUGCAUUCCAGGAUUGACUUGGAAACACAGUUGGCUUAAUUUUUUACCAGCUGUUUUCCUGCUGGAGAUCUAGUUCCACAUUCUCCCUUUGGUUUCCCAUAGCACAUGACAGUAAUUUUAAGCUGUUGUUCUCUACCUUAGACAAUUCAACACACUCAUUAAUCAUGGAAGGAAAAAUUGCUUCCUGAAAAAGUAAAAGCUUGGCCCUAGAAAUUGCAAAACCCACACAUUUUUUAAAGUCAGCUAUACAGCUGAGCAAUAAAAUAUUCUUCCAACUGACUGCUGGGAUAGACUUGUAUGUGAAAUGUCUACAGAAUGUAGCUCAAGUCAAUUAGCCAUCUCCAGCAAACACCAGUGGAAAUUCUGUCAGCCUUCUGUGAAAAAGAAUUUUAUUAAACUCCUGAACAAGCUGAGAAUAUGCAGAUUUGUACAGUUUUAUGGAGAACUGGUCUAUUGUCUUUAAACUUCUGUCCCUUGGACUACAAUGCUAUGAAAAGUCAGGUGCCUCAGAUUUCUUUGAAUCCCUUGAGAGUCUGAUGCAGUGAGUGCAAAGGUGAAAGGUUUGUUUUAGCACCUGUAGAAUCAGGGUCAAAAUGUCAGGAUGAUACAUAGACUGUUCAGCUUCUUGAGCAAGCAGCAGCCUUUACCAAAGGAGACCCACCUACAGUUUAAGGUGCAGAUAAUAUAGACCAGGUAAAGUUAGGAAACACCGAGUUUGUUUCAAAUAGUGGCACGCUGAAUCUGUCCUUUAAUAGCACAGUGUUUUCCAGCAGCAACCCCCCCCCAAAAAAACCCACCACCACUCUUAGCCAGUAAAAGCCUCAGAUGCUCCAAGGUUCUUUGAUUAUUCUCUAAGAGAUUGGUAAGGGAAAAUCACAGGCCUUAUUCUUCACUUACCUGGUUUCAUCAGCACCUAUUACAAUGGACAUAAUGCUGUCAGACCAAAAUGGUUAGUUCAUUUUUUUCUCUUAAAGGAGUAAGAGAUGCCAUGAGGGAUGUUGAAGUCCACGGACUAAAUCAGAAGUCCAUGGGACUAAGCCUACAUAUUUUUUGACGGUGGGUGGUACCCAUAAUCCAAAAAUCCAAUCCAGACCUUGUAGGGAGCAGGGCCCAGGAACAGACUCUAAUUUUAUUAUUUCCUUUAGUGAAAAUGGGAGCUGAGAAGUUGCCCUUUUCUUAGGCCACAAAGAAGCAACACAAACAUUGCUUUCAUGUAACUUUCUUCCUGUAAUUUGCUUGGAUUUGGGAAAGAUAAGAAUGGAAGGCUUUUAAGGCUGAGAUAGAUGUAUGAAUAGUGAAAACUUGAAGUCUAAAAUGUUCAGUUGGCAAUUUUAUCCCUAAAUAUG